UAUGAAUAUGUUAAAUAUAUAAAACUAAAUUGAACUACGGAAUACAUAAGGAACGACGGAACAAUGUAUCAUGUAGUACCUAUGUUCUAACUGAAUUGAGUGCAAUCAUCGAAAACUCUGGAGUCUAAAUUUUUAGGUUGCUUUUCGAAGAAGUUUCAACGUUUCAUUUUUUUAUUAUUGUAGACAAAGUAAUAAAAAUUGCAAAAGAAGUUGACUCCACUAAUUUGGUGGAUUGUUUUUAUUCCAGGAGCAAAAAUGUCUCAUACAAUAUUGCUUGUUCAACCAGGUAAUAGACCUGAAACAAGAACAUAUUCAGAUUAUGAAAGUGUUAAUGAAUGUAUGGAAGGUGUAUGCAAGAUUUAUGAAGAACAUUUAAAGAGGCGAAAUCCAAAUACACCAACUAUAACAUAUGAUAUCAGUCAAUUAUUUGAUUUUGUUGAUCAACUUACAGAUUUAUCAUGCCUUGUUUACCAAAAAUCUACAAAUACAUAUGCCCCAUAUAACAAAGAUUGGAUUAAAGAAAAAAUAUAUGUUUUAUUACGUCGAGCUGCAGGACAUGGCAAAUAAUUAAUAAAUAAAAAUAGAUAUAUGCUUUAUAAGAUAAAUUAUCUUUAAGUAAAGACAUAUUACUGUUUGUAAUAAUAAAUAUAUAAUAAAUAUAUAAAGAAACUGUACUAUUAUAUUCAUGUAUUAUACAGCAAUUUAUUAAAUAUUGAUUUUAGGUAUAAUAAUAAUUAUUUUUAAGCAUA